AUGCGGACAGUACCUGUAGUGCUCGCCCCUGGCGAAAGUACUACAGAUGACGAAGCGCUCUUUGAGCGAUGGGAGAGACAUGCGUGGGAAGACGCUCUUUGUGACGAAAAAGAGAGACGUGAAAGCGAAAGCUCCAAGUCUCGCACUUUAGCUCAAGGCAAUCAGCAGCUUCAAGCUGAAGUACUUGCGCUGAAAAAAGAGUUACAAACUGAGAAGGCAAGUGUGAUUCGAGAGGAAAACACGAACGAGGAACUUCGCGCCGCAUCAGAGACAGCAGCAAACUUUUAUAAUUCAGAGAUGACGGUAGCGAUGGAAAAGCAUCAGGAGCUUGAACGGGAGCUGGCUGAAUUACGUAGCCAACUGAAGGAAAAGGAAGAAGAUCGAGAAGAAAUAGCAAAUCGACUUCAGGAGUACGAAAAACGAAUUGCCAGUACUUGCGAAGCAAUGAAACAGCACGAGCAAGCGCAUGAACGUGAAAAGGAACGCUUGCGAGACGAAUGUGCAACCAUUGAGGCGAAGUGGAAGGAGGAGCAGGUAAAAUAUACAGCGCUCAAUCGCCUUCUGCUAGAAAAGAACGAAUUGAUUUUGAAUAUGACCAGCCGCCUCAAUCACGCAAAAAAUAGUUCGUGUACUGGCCGAUUAAGUGAUCCGUCGAAACAUCUCGAUCAUGGUGCUCUCUACAACGAUCAAGACAAUUGGAGUCAAAAUGAUGGGUGCCAAAAACAUUUAUGCAGACAAUCAGAUCGAGCAUCAAAUCGCAACGACUGUUUUCAAAGCUUAGAGCCGAAGCAAUCACACAGCCCCGUGAGUACAACCUUAUCUGCUACUCAAUGUCGACGUACGCAUCACGCUUUCUCUGUACAUCCAAUGGAUGAGUGCACAAGAUCUGGCAAGCUUCAAGAAAAGAAUGCUCAAGUUGAUGGAUCUCAGCUUGACAUACACACGAGUAAAGUCCACAGAGAUAUUCGCCUGCUUCAAGAGCGCAUUACAAAGAGGCUGGAGCAAGCUCCUGCUUAUGCAAAUUUCCCGACUCGACUUGAUCAAAGAGUCCAAUCAAGACAUUCAGAUUCGGUCCAGUCAUUGAUCAGCUCGUGCUCAUCCCUUUCGGACAAUUUUGACAGUGACACUGCUUUGAGGAAUAAGUCCGUGGCGACUAAUAUGCGGCGAGCACGUUUUAGAAGAUUUCAAAAGCAGAAGGAAGCAAAAUCAAAGGCAGCUAGUCCUAGGGUUCCCCGCUUGGCGAGUCGAGCUCAUGUUUUAGCAAGAAAUCUGAAUCAAAGCGACAGCAGCGCGUUUCUUACUAAACCUUCCAAGAAGAUGGCAGUGAGAAAAUCGAAAAUUUGUGGUGACGCGCAUUUCUCAUAA